AUGUUUCCCUGGGAGUUCUCUGGAUCGGUCUCCUGUCCCGUCAAGCUGCAGCAUCGGGGGAAGCCGAACCACUGGCCUGAGCUGGGUGGAGCCGUGACCGCCUGUAGCAUGAUGUCCUACCUCAAACAGCCCCCCUACGGCGUCAACGGCCUGGGGCUCAGCGGCGCGGCCAUGGACCUGCUGCACCCUUCCGUGGGAUACCCAGCCACUCCCAGGAAGCAGCGCCGGGAGCGGACCACCUUCACCCGCUCGCAGCUCGACGUCCUGGAGGCUCUGUUCGCCAAAACCCGGUACCCGGACAUCUUUAUGCGGGAGGAGGUCGCGCUGAAAAUAAACCUGCCCGAGUCCAGAGUUCAGGUGUGGUUCAAGAACCGGAGGGCCAAAUGUCGCCAGCAGCAGCAGAGUGGCAGCAGCGCCAAAGCCCGUCCGCCCAAGAAGAAGUCGUCCCCGGCGCGGGAGAGCACCGGGUCUGAGAGCAGCGGCCAGUUCACGCCCCCGGCCGUGUCCAGCACCGGGUCCUCCUCCUCCUCCUCCUCCUCCACCAACCACACGGGCCCGGCGGCGCUCAGCAGCACCUCUACCUCCAUCAGCACCGUCUCCUCCAUCUGGAGCCCCGCCAUCUCCCCCGGCAACGCCCCGGCGCCGGCCGCCGCCCCGCUGCCCGAGCCCGGACCCCCGUCCAACGCCUCCUGCAUGCAGCGCUCCAUGGCGGGCCCGGCCGCGGCCGCCACCUCCUACCCCGUGUCCUACAACCAGUCGGCGGGCUACGGCCAGGCCUACCCCGGCCCCUCCGGCUCCUACUUCAGCGGCGUGGACUGCGGCUCCUACCUGGCGCCCAUGCACUCGCACCACCACCCGCACCAGCUCAGCCCCAUGGCGGCCUCCUCCAUGUCGGGCCACCCGCACCACCACAUCGGGCAGUCGCCGGGGCACCACCACCACCACCACCACCACCACCAGGCCUACGGCGGCUCCGGCCUGGCCUUCAACUCCUCCGACUGCCUGGAUUACAAAGAGCAGACUGCGGCCUCCUCGUGGAAACUCAACUUCAACACCACGGACUGCUUGGACUACAAAGACCAGGCCUCCUGGAGGUUCCAAGUCUUGUGA